AUGCUUGAAACUGGCAGGAGAUCCGCUAUAAGUACAUCCGAGCUAGGACUUUAUUCUGAUCGCGGUGAUCGAUAUAAUAGGAGUCGCUACGGUUUAAUUGUAAGAAAAUUUGCGAUCGGAGUUAUGGUGGUAGUAACAGUAAUACUGGUCGCGAUAUUUAUGUACGAUUUUACGUCCGCCACGUCGGGGAACAGUAAAAUCAAUCAGGAAACAAAACAUAUAUACAUACUACAGAAUGCUCUCAAGAAAUCAUCAAAUCUCUCGAAAAAGCCUAUUAACUCUACGAGUUUGUACGAAACCAUGGUUAAUCGUACGAGCGAUCUUUUAAUGGAAGAUCGUUCGGACAAUGAGAACUACGGAAAUUUUAUUCAACGGAAUGUAACAGGCGAUAUAAUAUCCGCUGAGACACGUAUCGUGACAGCGAGUGGACCUGAGAUGAGAGCGCAGAAUCUGCACAAUUUCAAACAACGGAAGAGAAUGCUGAAAUCCAUAGAUGAUGCUAAUGAAAAUGAGGAAUCCGAGUCCAAGCAAUUGUUCGAUAAUCAUGCGAUUGUUUAUCGUGUGAGACAGAGAUACAAACAUCCCGAUUCAGACGAGAUUGUGAGCACGGAGGAGCUGGCGCGACCCACGCCGUUUCACUGGGAAUUCAAGACUCCACACCCGACGUCGUUCAAACGGCCGAGAUAUCCACAGUUGACGCAAUAUCGAUACCCGUACGCAUCCAGGAGCAUUCAAGACAUCAUCAAGUAUCUGACAAAUAACGCUGAGAUACCGAAUCGCGGCAUCAAGUUUGCCGGUGUCUACAUGAACCCGAAGAAGUAUGAUCUGAUCCCUGACAUGGAGAUGAUGAAUAGCGAUAAAUCGGAGGAGAUAGAAGCGCCUUCACUAUAUCCAAUGAAAUCGGCGAUAUAUAGUAACGAUCCUUUUUACCAAUACAAACCGAAACAUCCAGCAGACGUUAAUCUUUUAGCUACAUCUAACGUGAGAUUUUCUCCAACCGGAGUACAUCGAUACAGUCCUUAUUACGAUCCUAUAUAUUCCCGACCUUUAGUCACUUACAAACCUAUCAUAACGGAACCACAGUACGAAACCGCCGGUUCUUAUUCGACGAACACUUUAACGAAGAACCGGAAACCGAAGCCGUUCAGCGUGAUGCUUGACAUUUAUCCCAUUACCGAUCUUGUGGAACAAAAUAAGAAGACAACUUGGACCAGACCACAAUCGUCCAUAGAAGAUUACGAUCUCAGAAGGCCCGUUCAAUAUCGUGGGCCAAAAUUUUAUGCGUCAUCCCCGCAACCUAUUCCUCUCAUAACUGGACCAAGUCCUACGCCUAUAUCGGAAGAAGAAGAGAGAAAACAAAUGAUACUUCAUUUAAACUUGUACCCUCGAAGUAAGAAUAAAAUCGACAGGAAUGAUAUCAUACACAAAUCAGAAUCGAUGGGACCCGAGGAGCGGCAAAAAUUUGCAAAGAAGAUAAUGUCUCCCUUAGAAUCAAUUACUAAACAUUUGACUGAUCAUUCUGCGAUCGAAGAGUCGAAGUUUAUAGAGAAUAAAAGUUCAGAUGUAGCCAAUCUUCCGAUAUCACGGUAUCACGAGAUGAGUUUGGAUGAAAAGAACGAGAGAGAUGGAAGUUUUGUACUAGAUAACGAUCCAGAAAUUUAUUCAGAUUUGGUUAACAGCGAUGGUACCGUAGGAGAUCCUAUCGUACCUCCCAAUCAUAAAGUAAGCAUCGACGAAGAUUAUGCCAACACGGAGAAUCAUGAAAUUAAUGGGCAAAAAUUGGUCGUGACUACAGAGAAAGAUUGUGCGAAUUGCGACAAUGCAACAAUGAUCGAUAGCUCCAAGGAUAUUGAUAUUGUCGAAAGAUCUCGACGUUUCAGUUUCUUGCGCUGA